AUGUCUGUCAGCGAGUUCCAGAAGAUCAUCGAUGAUAUGCAAUCGCUGAAGAAGGCGAUGAACACCGGCGAGCUGAUCAAAAAGUACGCGGCGACGGGCAGCACAUUUCUCGCUCCGUUGCACGAGCCCCUCUCCGGCGCAGAUCUCGCGAAAUUCUAUGGCGGCGAUAAGGCGAAGUUUUUCGCCAGCGCCGACGUCAACGAAAAAGUCGACGAGGCGACUCAACUCGGCGACGUCGCCAUCGUUCGAUCGACGCUGAUCGUCAAGGCGAAAGACGGCGACAAGCAUGGAUGGACCCUAACGGUUUGGGUCAAGGAAGGCGGCCAAUGGAAGGUUCGCAACUCGUGCAUCACCUUCAAAGCGCCCAAAUAA